ACCGCUGAGUCUCCACCUCUAAUUGUCUCGUCACCAACUCUAAGGCUGAUGCAAAUUUGCCUUCGCUUUUUAAAUUAGAAAUUUCCGACAUCCUAACAAGUAUUUAAGGCAGAUCACAAUGGAGGAGGACGGUUUCGAUCCCACUUUGCUGAAAAAGAAGAAGAAGAAGAAGACCACCUUCGACCUGGACGCUGCUUUGGGGCUGGAAGAUGAUAGCAAGAAGGACGAGACCAAGAUCGAGGGAGCUGCUGAGACUGGUGCUGCCGAACUAGAGGACACUCUCGACCUGGAGAGCUUUGGCAAGAAAAAGAAAAAGAAGAAGAAGCCCUUCAACAUGGACGAGAUCGAGGCUGCUGUUCCCAGUUUUGGUGGCGAUGAUGCGGCUGCCGCCGAGGAGCCAGAGGAGGAGGAAAUCAACUUGGACAUGGACUUUUCCAUGGCGAAAAAGAAGAAGAAGCGACAAAAGAAGGACCUAGAUGAGCUGUUUGCCGACAAACUUGACGACGACAAGACAGACGACAAAGAGAAUGUAGAAGAUAAUAGUUCUACUUGGGCUGGUUCCGAUCGCGACUACACAUAUGACGAGUUGCUUAAGCGCGUCUUCGAAAUCAUUCUCGACAAGAACCCGGACAUGGCAGCGGGUCGAAAGCCCAAGUUUGUGAUGCGUCCGCCUCAAGUGCUGCGCGUGGGCACCAAGAAGACCUCCUUCGCCAACUUCAUGGACAUUGCUAAAACGCUGCAUCGCCUGCCCAAGCAUCUGCUCGAUUUCCUGCUGGCUGAGUUGGGUACCAGUGGCUCCAUGGACGGCAACCAACAGCUGAUCAUCAAGGGCCGUUUUCAGCCCAAGCAGAUCGAGAACGUGUUGCGUCGCUACAUUAAGGAGUACGUCACCUGUCACACCUGCCGUUCCCCCGAGACGAUACUGCAAAAGGACACACGUCUGUUCUUCCUGCAAUGCGAGUCCUGCGGCUCCCGCUGCUCCGUGGCCAGCAUCAAGUCAGGUUUCCAGGCUGUCACCGGCAAGCGUGCCGCCAUUCGAGCAAAAACUACCUAAAUUCUCUAUAUAUAUUUAAAGCUUGAUUUUUUAUUAAUUGUAAAAUUUCAAUACAAGAAAAAACUUAUAUUACUA